AUGUCUGUCCUCCCUGUCAGUGCCACUUACAGCACUCCUACCACACCCGCACCCGCGCCUGCGCCCACACCUGCAUUCACACCCGCUAAUGUUGGGAACACCGUCUGCUUGUGGGACGACGGCUCCGGAAACCAUUGCGGCGCAAAUAUUAAUCUAUCUGACCUUCGGAUACACCUGCGGACGCACGGAGUAAAGGGGCCGGCAAAAUCCGUCGUGUCUUGCGCAUGGGAUGAUUGCGGCAGAGACCCCAUGAAAAAGGAGAGCAUAAUUCGACAUGUCAAGGAGGUCCACUUGCGGGUAAAACACCGGUGCGGCCAGUGCGGCGCGUCCUUCUCGCGCCAAUCGACACGAAACACUCAUCUCCAAUCACAUACAUCCUAG